AUGUCCGACUACGGCGGAUACGACGACCGCCGCCGCUACCGCGACACCCGCACUCGACCUCGCGAACGUGGCGAUCCCGAAUUUGUCCAGGAAACAACCUACAUCGAGCGCGGCAAGGGCCCUCCCCCUCGUGAUCUGGUCUACCGCCCUCGCGAAGAAAGCGUCGAGGACAUCACACGGGACUUCCCUCCUCCCUCAAGUGAUCGCUAUGCUCCUCGCGGAGGAAGAAGAGAAUACGACAACUACCCUCCACCCCGCCGUACACGCAGCCAGGUUGGCCGCAGAGACUACGAUGAUUACGACGAUGAUUAUGAUGUCCCUGUUGCUGCUGCAGCUGCUGCAGGCGCUGGAUAUGCCGCUGGACGCGCAAAGGAUCGCCGCCGUCACCGUGACCGCCAUGAUCGUGACUACGACUCGGAAGAAUACUCACCCCCUCGCCGCCGUCAUACCGAACGACGCAAGUCUGGUGUCGGUGAGAUCUUAGAAGGCCUCGGUCUUGGAGGAGUCGCCGCUGCUAUCACAGGACGCUCCUGCAGUCGCAGCAGAUCCAGAGAUCGUGACUCCCGUCGUGACAGAGAUGGCAGAGCCAGAUCACGUCACGGUGGUCGCUACGACUCCGAUGAAGACAGCCGCAGCCGCAGCAGAUCCAAGGGACGCACCGAACGCAAAUGGGCACAGGCUGCUCAAGCUGCUCUUGUUGCCGGUGCUGUCGAGGCUUUCCGCUCCCGCAAGGAUCCUGGACCAUGGACUGGAGAGAAGGGCCGUCGCAUCGCCACUGCUGCUAUCGGUGCUGGUGGUAUCGAUGGACUUGUUGACCGCAAUCCCGACAANAAGACAAAGCGUCAUCUGGCCGAAGCCGUGAUCGGAGGUCUAGCAGCCAACCGCCUUGCCAAUGGUCCUCGCAGUAGAAGUAGAGGUCCCGCUGGCGCUAGGGAUGAUCCUUAUGGCCGCUCCCGCAGUCGUUCUCGAUCCAUCUUCGGCGGCCGUGGCAGAAGCCAGUCGCGUGGUCGUGAUGGUCAAGGCGGUGGCGGUGGUGGGCUUGAAAAGCUCGCAGCUGGAGGAGCUCUGGCAGCAGCUGGCAAGGCCAUCUAUGACCGUGUGCGAUCAAAAUCACGUCGUAGGCGCUCUCCUUCGUCCAGCUCUGCAGACUCGUAUGUCCCUUCCCGCAAUCGCCGUCGCAACAAGGAGCGAAGCUCACCUGCUCAAUCAGAUACAGGCAGCCGCGCCGUCGCCCAGCGCGGCCGUGAUCGUAACCUAGGCCCUGCCGCUGGUGCUGGUGCAGGUGCAGGCGCCCUCGCUGCUUCAACAAACAAUCGCGGCAUGCGUAGCGAGAGUUCGUCGAGCAGCAGCACUGAUGUUGAUGUUCGUCGUAAACGUAUGCGAGGCAAGGAGCUAUUAACAGCCGGCCUUGCCACAGUCGCUACAAUCCACGCUGCUCAUGGUGUUUACUCAAGUAUGGAAGCCCAUGAGAAGCGUCACAAGCUCGUUCAAGAGGGCGAAAUGUCUCCAGCCGAAGCUCGCAAGAAGCAGACAAAGGCUUGGGUCCAGGAUGCAGCUGCUGUUGGUAUUGCUGCGCUGGGUAUCAAGGGUGCUUUCAGCGAGUGGAAGGAGAUGAACGAGCAUAGGUUUGUUGAUAUGAUUAUGAUCUUGCGGAACUUGACUAACUGUUUACCGGCAGACGCGAGAUUCACGAGCUGGAGAAGAGAAAGGCUCUCAAACAGAAACGUCGCGAAAAACACGAUCGAGAGGCACGUCGUGCACAAGAAGAGAGCCUCUACCGAAUGCUUCCCCUUUGCAGCAGCAACAACAACAGCAGCAGCAACAGCAAUUCGGGGCUCCUCAAGGGCCCAUGCAACCUGGAAAUCAGAUGAUGUACCCUGGCAACCUUCCACCCCCACCACCUGGGCCCCCUCCUGCUGCGAGGUAUUAGGAGCGACCUCCGGCCAUACGAGGGAUCCUAAAGCCUACACCCGAGGACCGUCAAAUAACAAAGCUCCGUUGACCAUGUCUUCUGCCAGAAGACCAGAUUCUGCACAACUCGAUACCAUUUCUCGUGGCACUUCUCGCUUUCGACCUUCUUACGUUCUUGCUUCUUUGGGUCUCCUUCUUUCGCUUCUCACGACCUUGAUGACUUCGACGACGACGACAACACAUUGCAUUGAUUUUCAGUUUCAGGCGAGCACAUACACCAACGACACGGCAAUGGGAAUCAAGUUCAGCAGGCAGACUCAAACAGUUUCUUUUCCUUUUCCUUAUCCCUUUCACGCUACGACCUCUAUGAUUAGCACGAGAAGCAGAAAAGCUUCGGCACACAAAUACCUUUUUCUUUCUGAGCAGCGAGAGCAUGAUUAUGAAACCACGAAAUCAACUUUUCUUAGAAUCAUUUCCUCUAUCCAGACCAAGUUCACGUGUAUUGAAAUUUUACGACGUGAUGGUCAUGUUGAACUUUAG